GAAAAAAAGAAAUAAAGAUGGCCCUCUUUGAAGAUGCAGACAAUUUUGCGGAUAUAUUCCGUGGUGGUUUGCCAUACUAUUUACUCUUGGCAUUGCCCAUCAUGAUUAUCUGUUCAGCUAAUCCCGUAUUGGCCUCCAGUGAAUUUACUGUUCAGCGAAUGUCCCAAUUCGAUGUCAAUGGUGUUUCUUAUGGAUGCCGUGCCUCUGCCUUGUCAUUGGAAGCCAAAUCUCUGUAUACUUGGAGUACAUCCAGACAUUGUGUUGUUGCCAAAUUUCAAGAUGUUACCAUUGAUCAAUUCAAAGAGAUUAGACAAAAAGCCGGUGGCUUGGUUUUACUUUUGCCCCAAAAUGUCUCCACCAUGUCUAGUGAGGAUAAGGAGCAUCUAAAUCUAUUGGAACAAGCCAUGAUGACUCAAUCAAUUUCUGUACCCGUAUAUUUUUCACAAUAUAACCCAGAAUUGGAGAAAAUUGUCAAUGACAUUAGCCGCAACACAGCAACGAACAACAAUAAGAAAAAUUCCCGAGACAAUUCUGCCCUCAAUGAAGUAUUCAAUUCCAUUUCGGCAAAUGGCUAUCAAAUCAUUGUGACCGGUGCCAGUCAUACGGCCAAUAAGAAUAGUAAAAUUCCAAUUGUCCAAGGAGAAUUGGCACCAGUUGCCAAAUUCAAUAAAGCCAACAAUAAUGAAGAUCUCAAUAGUAAACUGCCAUUGAUUAUUGUGGCUGGACAUUUGAAUACCUUUGGCAUUUACAAUGAAUAUCCCACAAAUGUUGAUGCCGCCAUUUUAAUGUCAUUGGCAGAUCUGUUUAGUAAACUACACAAUACAGCCAAUGCUGCACCAAAAUAUCGUCUAUUGUUCUUGUUGUCGGAAUCUGGGCCAUUGUUGAAUUUCCAAGGUGCCAAAAAAUGGUUGGAUGAAAAUGUUCAAUUGCAGAAUGUGGACUUUGUUUUGUGUUUGGACAGCAUUACACAAACCCUGAAUGGAGAAAAUGCCGAUCAACAGCUGUAUAUGCAUGUUUCCAAACCACCAAAAGAAAACACACCCAUGAAUGUAUUCUUCAAACAUCUAAAGAAGGCCGGUCAAAAAUAUCAAAAUGUCUCUGUUGAGGGUGUGCACAAGAAAAUCAAUCUAGCCGAUCAACAAUUAGCCUGGCAACAUGAACGUUUCAGCAUCAAACGUCUAUCAGCAUUUACUUUAUCCGCCUUGAAGACCCCAAAACAUCCCACACGUACCACCAUUUUCAGUGACAGUGAAGAGGAAGUUUUGGAAAGAGCUCAACUUAAUACGAAAAUUAUUGCCGAAGCAUUGGCCCGUUAUGUUUAUGGCGAAAACAACAAUAAUGCUGCUGCAGUGGAUAGUGAGGAAUUGGAAGUCUUUGCCGGUGCCAUGCAAAUUACACCAAAACUUAUCAAAUCGUACUUAAAUCUUAAAUCCGCUUUACACAACAACGACCUCAAAAAUGCAUUUGAAAAAUAUCUGAAAAAUGUCAAAGUAAUCUACGACAAACCAGAUGCUCGUGAACCUGACUUUAUGUUCUACGAGGGAGCCUAUGCCAAUCUAAAUGUUUAUCGUGUCAAACCAGCUGUCUUCGAUUUAUUCUUAACCAUAUUGAUUUGUGCUUAUUUGUUUUCGGUAUACUUUGUCAUUCAGUACUUCCCCACAAUGUAUCAGGCAUUUUGUAAAUUGUCUGUCAAAUCGCCGGAAUCAUCACCCACACAUUAUAAUAAUGUCGAACGCAAUAACAAAGUUAAAUCCAACUAAAGAAG